UUCUGAUUAUGAUUCUUCAGAAUAUGAGAGUGAAAAUAUAUCAAUACCACCCUGUUUUGAAAGUUCUGAUAAGCAUGUGUAUUCUUUGAUGGAAAUAGAACUUCUUCAAAUAAAUACUAAACCUCUUUUAGUAAAAGACAUUGUAUCUCAAAUUAGGUCUAAUAAAAGUGAUAUUGAAGACCAUGGUGAU